GUCACUCCAGGAGGAUGGUGACGAUGAUUAUAAAAACCCACUCUCAUCUCUAAGCUUCCACUACUUCCCACUCUUCUCUAACUCCAGCUCCAUCCAUUCCAAUGGGGGAGGAGGACAAUAAACCGGUGGAUUCAAAACCAGAGGAACCUCCGAAUGCGGCUCCCGAUCGAGAGAAUGAAGAACCCCAGAGCGAGAACCCACCGCCACCGGAGAAGACACCAGCGGAAGAACCAAAAGAUGGCAUCAAAGAGCAGCCUCUUCCUCGACCCCCUCAGGACAUUGUCCUCACUGUUUUUAUGCAUUGCGAAGGCUGUGCACGCAAGGUCCGCCGCUGCCUCAAAGGCUUCGAAGGGGUUGAAAGCGUGGAGACAGAUUGCAGAACUCACAAAGUGGUGGUGAAAGGAGAGAAGGCCGAUCCGCUCAAGGUUUUAGGGAGGCUACAGAGGAAAAGCCACAGACGGGUCGAAUUGAUCUCCCCUGUCCCCGAGCUCCCUGCUGCGAACCCCCCACCCGAAGAGAAGCCCAAAACAGAGGACAACAAACCAGAGCCUCAGAUUGUAACGGUUGUGUUGAAAGUGCACAUGCACUGCGAGGCUUGCGCUCAAGAAAUCAGAAGACGGAUACACAGAAUGAAAGGUGUUGAAUCGGUGGACCCAGAUCUAAAAAGCUCGCAGGUCACGGUGAAAGGAGCGAUCGAUCCGGCGGCGCUGGUUGAAUAUGUUCACCGCCGAACCGGAAAACACGCGGCGAUUGUGAAGCAAGAGCCGGAAAUUGCGCCGGAGAAUAAUUCGGACGAUGGUGCAAAAGAAGUGAAAGAAGAGAAGAAAGCCAACGCCGGUGACGGUGACGGCGAGGGUGCCGAGUGUGAGAAGAAGGUGGAGGAAGAAAGUAAAGUGGAAGAGAUACCCGGGGGCGGCGAUGCUGGCGAUGGGACGACGGCUGCAGAAGAAGACCCAAAGGUUGUGGAAGUGAAGAAGAAUGAACAUCAUUAUUACCCGCAAAGGUAUAUCAUGGAAAUGUAUCCGUAUCCGGCGCCGAUUAUGGACGGCAUAGGGUACCCGGCGGCGCACAUAGCGGUGGACGCUUGUCCGGCGCGGGUGAUAGGGUACGAGUAUCCACCUCAGAUGUUCAGCGAUGAAAACCCAAAUGCUGCCUGUUCGGUGAUGUAGGGUAUAGAAUUUUGUUGGAUGGAAUGAAUGUAUAAGGGAUGGAUGUUAUAAAAACAUUAUCGUAUCGUAUAUAUUAUUUAGGAUGGUUGGUAUAAGAUAGUUAAUGUCAU